ACAUUUGAUUCCAGCUUUUCGGCGGCUGGCGGCUCAAUCGUCCUUUGGGUCCUUUAUCCGGUUUCCGCUGUGCGUCAGUCCUUUGCCCUUGUCUUCGUUACCAAAUCCACCUUUUUCCAUCGUGCUUAAUUCGUCUCGCACCUCCACCCUCCCAUCAGUCUCGCAGCCUCGCAGCGUCUAUCACUCUAAACGCCAUGUCCGCCUCCGACCAAUAACAAUACACAAGUGCACUUGCAAGGUCGAGCUUCCAGCGACCCUCACUGCCCACCACUCAUCAUCUAAUCCACAGCGCUUCCGAAAAGCCUGUGACCCUCCACAAUGCCGUCCAUCAGACCCUCACUCUCCACCCUGCCCUCUUACCUCGCCUUACCCUCCAGAAGGACGAAAUGGAAGGCUCUCAUUGUGGGCUCCCUCAACUUUUAUCGAAUCCACCUCAUUACCUUUACAGUCGUUCCUCUCAUUACUUCCUCCAUCAUGUUUGCCUGUAAUACAGAGUAUCACAUAUCGUACAUCGACUGUCUUUUUUGCUGUAUGUCUGCAAUGACGGUGACUGGACUGGCAACUGUGGAUCUGAGUACUCUGAGUCCUUUUCAACAAGUGAUAUUGUUCCUUCAAAUGAUUAUUGGAAGUCUGUCGUUUGUGUCGAUCGUUAUGAUUCUAGUCAGACAGUACUUCUUUCGACAAACUUUCAAGCAUGUCCUUCAAGAACGAGAAAGGAGAAGAACUCGCCUAACUAAGACUAUCACUCGCGUGGCCACGGCAGCUCCACCUAUAUCUGCUAUACGGAAAAGGUUUGGCGCUGGUUUUCGCCAGUUUGAUAAGGGCGAUACUGAAUUAAAAAAUGGGUCUCCGGAGCGUUCAGCGCCAUCGUCUCUAGAGUUGAAAGCCGUUUCUCACUCGCCAAAGAAGCCUGAAGAUCAUCAUCAUAAGCACUGGAAGAAGGGACAUCAAAAGUUACGUCCGGACAUGAUCAAACGUGUUCAAGGUGGAGGCGUUGGUCUGGUCAAUCCCAUGGGAUGGUACGACGUCGAACGAGCAGAAAUUGCAACCCCGGCACCCACGCCAGAACUCAGAAGUGACACGCCAUUGCCGUCUGGUAAGACUGUGGCUGCUGAUGGAAAAGACUUAUCCCAAGCUUUGGAGGCAGUUGUUGUCAGCGGAGUAGCACAGGCGCGGCAGUCGGCAGGAGAAGCAGAACAAGAGGUUUCCGAAGUGGAGAACAAGGAGCCAAAGACAAAGCUGUCCGAGGCUGAAGCUGGAGCUAAAGUGGCUGACAAAGUCAGCACCGGAUCUAAUGAAGGUGAUCGAACGCCCACCCCACCUCCAUCCCCGGCCCGUCACAAGAUCCCAUAUGCCGGUUUGCAGCUUACAGAUGAGGCCUUUCCUAGGUCCAAGACAAUUGCUUUUGAGGACACAAUUGACGAUAGCCAUGACCAUCGAGAACGAGGCCCAACCACUCAAAGAGAAGGCGGCACGUUCCCAAGGACAGCUACUUUCCGUAAUAAUGCCGUAGACCCUCGACUGCCCCACUCUGCCACCAUGCAAUCCAAUGCUGGUAAUUUCCCGCGCACUUACUCUCUCCGCCCAAUGAACAGCCGUCGCACUGAUGCAAAGAUGGAGGGCUUUGGUGGGUUUCCUACACCUCUAGCCAUUGGUAAAAAAGUCUUUGGCAAGGUUUUUCCGGAAACGUCCAAAAGCCUUUCAAAGACAUUCACAGUACCUCGAACCAAUACACUGAGUGGACGUAGCACGGGGGGAGGGACGGAAGGCAAAGACGCCCCCUAUAUAUCUUUCUCUGCAACUGUUGGGAGGAACAGUCGUUUCCAGGGUUUGACCACCGAACAGAUGGAUGAACUGGGAGGUGUCGAAUAUCGAGCUCUCCGAGUGCUUCUCUACAUCGUCGUGGGCUAUGUCAUCUUCAUGCCGCUCGCCGGGUUUGUCAUUAUUGCCCCCUAUAUUUCCGCUGGAAACCGUUAUGACUACGUCUUCAACGAACAACCGAGAAAUGUUGGGAUUCCUUGGUUCGCCUUAUAUCAAUCUAUUUCAGCUUUUACCAACACUGGCAUGAGUUUAUGCGACAUGAGCAUGCUGCCGUUUCAAAGAGCAUACCUCAUGAUAGUUGUUAUGAUAAUAUUGAUCUUUGCUGGAAAUACUGCUUUACCUGUAUUCCUCCGUUGUACAGUAUGGGUUAUCUACAAAUGUGUUCCGGAGUCUUCACGUGUUCGGGAGUCGCUCAAAUUCCUUCUGGAUCACCCUCGAAGGUGCUUCGUCUAUCUUUUCCCCUCUACCCAAACAUGGGUACUCGCUCUUGUCAUGCUUACUCUCACUCUCAUUGAUUGGGUCAGUUUUUUGGUUCUCGACUUGGGCACCGAAGCCAUCAUGUCUUUACCUAUUGGGACCAGGAUAGCAGCGGGCUUUCUACAGUCUGCUGCUGUUCGUGCUGCAGGUUUCAGUAUUGUUCCUCUCGGGGAUCUUGCGCCUGCCGUCAAAGUUCUUUACGUUGUUAUGAUGUACAUAUCUGUUUAUCCCAUCGCGCUGUCAGUGCGAUCUACAAACGUAUAUGAAGAGAAGAGUCUUGGUCUGUUUGGUGAUGAAGUUGAGGAAGAUGAUCUGUCUGAAGAGGGAAGCGGCGCUCAUGCAGUAGCAAAAUAUAUUGGUUGGCACGCGAGACGUCAGCUAGCAUUUGAUAUCUGGUGGCUUGCUUUUGCAUUAUGGCUUGUCUGCAUUAUAGAGCGAGGGCAUAUCGACAACGAUCAAGAAUGGUUCAGCAUUUUUAACAUUAUUUUUGAACUGGUCAGCGCUUACGCGACUGUGGGUCUAAGUCUAGGAGUGCCCUAUGAUAACUAUUCGUUCUGCGGUGGGUUCCGAAAGCUUUCCAAAUUGGUAGUGAUAAUUGUCAUGCUACGUGGCAGACACAGAGGCUUGCCUGUUGCCAUCGAUCGUGCUGUCAUGCUGCCAAAGGACUUUACUACUGCCGAAGAGACUGCUUUCGAAGAAGAACGUUCUAGGCGUGCAUCGCGAAUGGGAAGCAUGUUCAAUGAAGACGUCUUUGACAUGCGUAGGGGUUCUUACGGGGGGGAUGUCCCCAACUACAGAGCGAGCGACCCUGCUAGCUGAGUGGGAGUAGGUGGAAAGAUGUUGAGGUCGAAGACAGAGAGAAAGGUUGGGUAGAUGUGAGGGUGGUCAAGGGGUUGAUGGUCGAGGUGAGGGAUGGUCGGAUGACAGGCGAGCCAGAGUUAGGAGUCUUGAGGUCUUGAGGCGAGAGAUGAAUAGCGCCAGGUUCUCCUUUUCUCCUGAGAGGCCUUCCAAUCCUAAUCCAAAUUCCAAUUCAAAUCCAAAUUCAAUGUUCCAAUACUAAUCUCAGCUAAUUCUCCUGCGCCCCUGGCGCGAAUCAAAGUAAGAGC